GCAAGUCAACCAUACGUUUGAAGAAUUUUCUAUUAAGAAAAAGAAAAUACUUUAAAAGAUUUGCUAUUACUGUUUUUACCCAAACAGAGUGUAAUUUUAAUAGAAUGGUACACAAUUCGUCCUUAAAAUUCAACACUAUAGCUGCAGCUAAAAUAUUUCGCCCAGCGCCAACACGUCGAAAGUGGUAAAAAAGGUCUAAUUCUGCCAAACCAAGCUUAAUCUACUACUUUUUAUUUAAGAAAUACUAAUUGAGGACGAUUUAAAGGCUUUUUUUAAAAAAAUCACAAGUUAAGGAUAUGAAAACCGAAUUCGGGUUUUCGAAUUUAAUAGGGACAGUGUUCAACCAGGGCAAUCUUCUAUUUACUCCCGAUGGUUAUUCUAUUUUAAGUCCAGUAGGAAACCGUAUAUCUGUUUACAACUUGAAGGAAAAUAAAUCAUUCACCUUCCCCUUCGAAAAUAAGAAAAAUAUAUCACACAUCGCUUUAUCCCCGCAGGCUACAUUGUUAUUGUCUGUUGACGAGGAUGGUAGAUGUAUUCUUUGUAAUUUUUUGAGAAGGUCUGUUUUGCAUUAUUUCAAUUUCAAAUCACCCGUUGGUGCUAUAGAGUUUUCUCCCCAUGGCAGAUAUUUUGUUGUGGCUUUGGGUAAACUUAUUCAAGUUUGGAGAACACCUGAAGCCAUAGACGAGCGUGAAUUUGCUCCAUUCGUUUUGCAUCGUGAGUACACUGGCCAUUUUGACGAUGUUGUUUCUAUUUCAUGGUCAGCUGACUCUCGCUUCUUCCUAAGUACUUCUAAAGAUUUAACGGUUCGUAUACAUUCCGUAGAUCCCAUUGAAGGCUUUCGUCCUUGUGCUUUGACCGGACACAAGAGUACUGUCGUUUCUGCCUUUUUUUCUCAAGACCAGCAAACAAUAUAUUCUGUUAGUAAAGAUGGAGCAUUGUUUUCUUGGAAAUAUUCACCUUUGUUUCAAGCUGGCGAAAUUAUAGACGAAGAGGCCGAGGAGAAUAGAGAUCGCACACAUAUUUGGAUGAUUAAGGCACGCAACUAUUUCUUUCAGAAUGCUAAUCUUCGUUCUGCUGCUUUUCAUCCCACUACAAAUCUGUUGGUGGUUGGAUUUUCAAAUGGCCUUUUUGGUAUUUAUGAGCUUCCUAUGUUUACGAUGCUUUACCAAUUGAGUAUCACUCAAUCAAAUAUUGAUACACUUACUAUAAAUAGUACUGGUGAAUGGAUUGCUUUAGGUUCUAGCAAAUUAGGGCAGCUACUCGUUUGGGAAUGGCAGUCAGAAUCUUAUGUAUUGAAGCAAUCCUCACACUAUGAUUCAUUGAGUACUUUGGUAUAUACCCCAGACGGACAGAGAGUUAUUUCCGGUGCCGAUGAUGGAAAAAUAAAGCUUUGGGACAUCACUUCGGGUUUCUGUGUUGUUACCUUUACCCAACAUACUUCAUCGAUUACAGGACUAUGUUUUGCUAAAAGAGGAAACGUGCUUUUCAGUAGUUGCCUUGAUGGAUCUGUAAGAGCAUGGGAUCUUAUACGAUACCGCAACUUUAGAACCUUCACUGCUCCUAAUCGGGUCCAAUUUUCUUGUGUUGCUGUUGAUCCUUCAGGUGAGAUUGUAUGCGCCGGGUCCCAAGAUAGCUUUGAAAUAUAUAUGUGGUCUGUUCAAACGGGUCAAUUGUUGGAGAGACUAGCUGGACAUGAAGGUCCUGUUUCGUCUCUUUCUUUUAACUCAUCAGGAAACCUUUUAGCCAGUGGUAGUUGGGAUAAAACAGUUCGUAUAUGGGACAUCUUUAGCCGUAGCGGUAUAGUUGAGCCUUUCCCUAUUCCAUCGGACGUUUUGGCACUUUCUUUCCGCCCAGACGGGAAAGAACUUUCGGUUGCUUCUCUUGAUGGUCAAUUAUCAUUCUGGGACGUACAAGAAGCAAAGCAAACUUCUUUGAUUGACGGCCGAAAAGAUUUAUCCGGUGGAAGAAAAUCAACUGAUGCACAAACAGCUGAGAACUCCUCAGGAAACAAAACUUUUACCUCAGUAUGCUAUUCUGCAGAUGGUUCUUGUGUUUUAACAGCUGGUACAAGUAAAUAUGUAUGUCUGUAUGAUGUUUUAACCGGGGUUUUGAUAAAAAAGUUUCAAUUAUCAAAAAAUGAAUCUUUACAAGGUGUACUUGAAGUUUUGAAUAGUCGAAAUAUGACUGAUGCUGGCUCUAUGGACUUAAUAGAUACUCAAGGGGAAGCAUCUGACUUGGAGGAUCGCAUAGAUAGGACAUUGCCUGGCGCUGCUAAAGGUGACUUGUCUUCUCGUAAAUUGCAUCCUGAAAUCUUAUGUCAGGCUGUGCAAUUUUCUCCAAGCGGUGGAGCUUUCGCAGCUGCUACCACUGAAGGACUAAUGAUAUUUUCCUUAAUUAACGACUUCAUUUUUGAUCCUAUCAAUUUGGAUAUUGACAUUACUCCUGAUACUACCCUGGCUGUUUGUGGUGAAGGUGAAUAUCUGAUUGCACUUGUGAUGGCUCUUCGUCUGAAUGAGUACAAAGUUAUAGAAAGAGUUUAUGAGUCGGUUCCUGUAGCUGACAUUGACCAUAUUACCCAACAACUUCCAACUACUUACCUUGCAAAUUUUAUAAAUUAUUUGAGUUCAUUCGCUGCUGAAACUCCGCAUAUUGAGUUUCAUCUCAAAUGGAUGCGUUCAAUACUUUCUCACCAUGGAGAAUUCAUUAAGGGAAGAAAUUUUGAAUACGCAAGUCAACUCACGAGUUUACAAAAAUCUAUCGUCGUUCUUAGUAAACGCCUUUCUCAGCUUUCAUCCAAUAAUGAGUUUUCUCUUUCCUUCAUUUUGGACAAAAUGCAAGCAACAUCAGUAAUAAAUGCUUAAAUUAUCACUGGAAAGGCGUUAAUUUUUGGAUACUUAAUCGGGAAAAGGACAAGUUUUUUUUAGGUUUUAUAGUUACAUUAUUUAGAAAAUAGGUAAAUAUGGGUGGUUAUAUA